AGCUUGGUUGGGAAGAAUGGAAACUAAAGAGGCUUGUAACUACCUGUAACCGUUCCACCAGGAAAUGGAUCAAGUGUUUGUUCAGCCAGAUCCAGGAUCUCAACCCAACAACUCAUAAUGAUGGUGCUGACCGUCCCUGCUGUCCCUGGGUGAUGAGCAAUGUGCAGCCCUAGCCUUUUGAGCUUCUUCAAGGUGCAGCCACCAUGAUCUCAGCAGGCUGAUGAUGGAAGAGAAGGAACCUGGGAGACCCUGUGCUCCAGCUUCCCUGGACGAUGGAUGGAGGACAGCCUGUCCCUUCACCCCUAGUGCCCCUUGGGAACGUGUCAUCAGAUUCUAGCAUGUCUCUGGAGCAGAAAACCACAUUUGUUUUUGUGAUUUUGUUGUUUAUUUUCUUGGGCAUCCUCAUAGUCAGGUGCUUCCGGAUUCUUCUGGACCCGUAUCGGAGCAUGCCAACCUCGACCUGGGCUGACGGACUUGAAGGCCUGGAGAAAGGGCAGUUUGACCAUGCCCUUGCUUAACAGGACAGGAGCAGGAACCCAUCCUGAGGAGGAGAAAUGCUUCAUGUCUUGGCGCAGGAUUCUCUUUAGUCAACGUUCUCAGCAACUCAAAUUUUAUCCGUAUCUGAUUCUAGAACCACAGUUCAUUUAUUCGGUGAACUUUUGAGGAUAUUGGAAAUGGAAGUUUAUAUUCCUAACCCAAAAUAGGAAGGUUUAAAUUUCAAUAUUUACUCAAUGAAUGAAUGUUGAAUGUGUGUGAUGGUGCAACUGAGAACAUCUAUAGUGACUUUGCCUAAAAUGAAGCCCUACUGGACCUGACCAGAGAAAAAGACUAGAAAUGAUCUGAUCUGAUUCUGAUGGCAGGGCCAAAAGAGACUUCCUUGUUCUAAUCAUGUCUCCCAGUUUGUUUUAUUUUCAUGGGAAGCUGGGUCCUGGGCAAAGAAUGAGGAAGAAGUUGCUGAGUGGACCCAAAGCAGGUACUUGUUUUCUCCUAAAGCAAAGAGCACUGAAAGGCAAUAGGAAUGCUUAGAAGAGGUGGUUGAUUCCUGGAAAAUAUGGGUGAGGAUGAUAUCAUUUUACUUUUCAAAUAAAACUGAAUUCAAAGGCUUACGGAGGUUUAAAAACUAUUUACCAGGCCAAGUACAUUCUGGGUAUUCAUAUUAGUAACAUGCGUAGAGGUAACUAUACAUAACCUGAAUUUACUUUCUUUGCACAACUGGUUGAAAUAAUAGGUUGCAAGUACUGCUUCAACGUUUUUUUAAAAUAAAAAGUUAAUUGUUUAGAGGAGAAGACUUUUACAGUCUUAAGAGGAAUGUGUGUUUAUGACUGAAUA